AUGGCUGAAAACCGCUUGGUUUCUUUCUCACUCCUAUUUCUUGCCGCCGCCGCCGCCGUCGUCUUAUGCAACGGCCAAGCUCACGGAUCCGACAUCUGCGACAAAGCCGACUACGCGCGCCUCUGUCGGUUCGCAGUGAAAGGGUCGAACGACCCAAGAGUUGCCCUUAAGAACACCAUCGAAGUGCUCAUGUCUCAAACCGAAAGCGCCAAAGCGUCGAGUCAGAGGCUGGGGAACUCGCAGUUCAUAGCGGUGUGCACCGAGAACUUUGACUCCGCCAUCGACGACCUGGUGAGAAGCCUCCAGUAUUUGGAGAGCAAUGACAAGGCGAGCCUUCAGUCCAGCCUGACGGGGUCGCUGUCUUUCUAUGUGACGUGCAAAGAUACGUUGGCGGAAGGGGGAGAUGGGGUCAUGAAGUUGGCUUCAAAUCUGUUGAUAAAAGAUGAUAUGCUGCAACGUAUGGGUGCCAAUUCUUUGUAUUUGGCUUCUUUGUUGAGAUGA